AUGGACCAGGAGAUAAUGAAGAAGCACAGCGCGUGGCUUAAGCUGCUCCUCGGGCCCAAGAAGCCGGCGAGGUCGGCGGCGAUCGUCGAGACGUGGGCGGCGGACCGGUCGAAGCUGCUCCUCGGGCCCAAGAUCGCGUCGGGGUCCAACAGCCGCAUCCACCGCGGCAUGUACGGGGAGCAACCAGUGGCCGUGAAGAUCAUGCACGCGCCAGUGGGCGACGACGACGACGACGUGCAGGUCCGGCGUGAGAUGGAGGCGCAGUUCGACGCCGAGGUGUCCCUCCUGUCGCGGCUGCGCCACCCCAACGUCGUGCGGCUCGUCGGCGUGUGCCGGGAGCCGGAGGUGUACUGGAUCAUCACCGAGCUCAUGCGACGCGGCACGCUCAGCGCGUACCUGCACGGGCGGGAGCCCUACUCGCUGCCGCCGGAGACCAUCGUCCGCCUCGCGCUUGACGUCGCCCGUGGCAUGGAGUACCUCCACGCGCGUGGCGUCGUCCACCGCGACCUCAAGCCGGAGAACCUGAUGCUCGACGGCGGCGGGCGCGUCAAGGUCGCCGACCUGGGCACGUCCUGCCUCGAGGCCACCUGCCGCGGCGACAAGUGCUCCUCCAAGGCGGGCACGUUCCGGUGGAUGGCGCCGGAGAUGAUCCACGACAAGCGCUGCAACCGCAAGGUGGACGUGUACAGCUUCGGCCUCGUGCUGUGGGAGCUCACCACCUGCCUCGUGCCGUUCCAGAACUUGAGCCCCGUGCAGGUCGCCUACUCCGUCUGCGACAGGGACGCCAGGCCGCCGCUCUCGCCGUCGUGCCCGCCGGCCAUCAACAGCCUCAUCAAGAGGUGCUGGUCCACCGAACCAGCGAGGCGUCCCGAGUUCAAACAGAUCGUGUCCGUGCUGGAGAGCUACGACCGCUGCCUCCGGCAAGGCCUGCCAAUGGUGGCGCUGCCGGAGCCGUCGUCAUCGCCGCUGGCCUCGUUGCUCGGCGCCUUCAAGAUCCGAUCCUGCACGAGCACAACUGUGCGCCGCCUCACCGUCCUCCGCGCGCCACCUAAUGCGCUGGUCUCCUCGAUGCCGCCGCCGCCCACGAGAUCUCUUGAAGCGCCGUCUCCCCUCAGGACCUACGAUGAGUGCACCGCCGACGCUGGCCUCAAGACUGCUGGCCUUCAACUGACGCCCAAGAAGGAAGCCGUCUCCCCUCCGCAAGGACGGAUGCCGUCCCUGCCGCCGGCCCACGUCGAGCUCAUCCACAAGCCCGACGACUGCGCCAAGCACUUCCACCGCCGCACGUCGCCUGCAACCCGACGAUGA